CAUAAAAGUAAAAAGUUGAACUGAUUAUCAAGCAAGCUUGGAAAUAUCGACCUCCUUCCAACUUACAUAUUCAGAAAACCAUUUCCCGGAGGCAAUUACAAGGGUUCUACGUUUAAAUACUUUCCUUAGACUCUAUUUAUUCCGUAUCACGAUUUCGCAUUUUCUCAAAACCUACCUUGAUACCCAGCAGCCCCUCACCAUGUCCGCCCCCCACCAAGAUGACCUCGACGAUGCGCCCGAGCUCCUCGACGCCGAAGAUGCGCUUGAGGAGAUCGUGGACGGCGAGGGCGACAUAGCAAUGGACUCCGACGAUGAAGAGCCGGAAGAAAUAACCCUACACAACGACAGCAUGGCCUACUUCGACGCCCACAAAGACUCCGUCUUCGCCAUCGCCCAACACCCGACACAGCCAUCCCUCAUCGCCACCGGCGGCAGCGAAGGCGACAGCCACGACGCCCCAGGAAAGGGAUACGUCUUCGACACCAGCCCCGUCGUCGGCCGUCCAGUCCUCCCCGCAAGCUACAACGCGGACCCCAACGCCCCAGCGCAGAAAAGCACGGAGCUGAAACCGCUCUUCACAAUCGACGGCCACAGCGACUCCAUCAACGCCCUCGCCUUCACCCUUCCCAACGGCGAGUUUUUGGUCUCCGGAGGCCUGGACGGCAGACUCCGCGCAUACCAACUUUCCUUCUCCGCCCAUAACAAACCCACCUUUACCUUCCUGGCCGAGGCCCAGGAGGUGCCCGAGAUAAACUGGGUAGCGGCGUGUCCGUCCUCCAAGGUCCCGAAUACGAUCGCCCUAGGCGCUGCAGAUGGCUCUGUCUGGGUGUAUACGAUUGAUGCGACGGACGCUGCGGCCCCGCUGCAGACCGUGCAGAUCUAUUAUCUGCACACAGAGUCGUGCACGGCGGGCGCGUGGUCGGCUGACGGAACCUUCCUAGCUACGGUUUCGGAGGAUAGCUCGUUGUAUGUGUGGGAUGUGUGGGGCGAGGCGGCGGCGAAGAACCUUGUCAAUGAUAAUGGGCGGACCGUCGUUUCGCUUACCGGCAGGGACCAACGGUUCGGUGUUGAGGGCGGUCUGUAUUCCGUUGCUAUAGAUCCGAAGUCGACUUUUGUUGCUGUGGGAGGCGCCAGUGGUGUUGUUAAGAUUGUUGGGUUACCCCGGCUGGGCGCGGACGCGACUCCCGUGAACAGCAAGCAGAGCAAGACGAAGGCGAAGGGAAACGAGGCGGGAAGCGCGCAGGGAGGUGCGAUAUUGGCAGAUUUGCGUACGCAGUCGGAUGGUAUCGAGACGCUUAGCUUUUCCCCGAACCAGAACUUGCUUGCGGCUGGGAGUGUGGAUGGGAGUAUAGCCGUGUACGAUACCGCGCGCCGGUUCGCGGUGAGGAGACAUAUUAAGGAUGCGCAUGAGGAGUUUAGUGUUGUUAAGGUCGAGUUUGUGGCUGGUCUAGGCGACGGCUGGGUGUUGACGAGUUGUGGUAUGGAUGGUGUGGUUAGGAGGUGGGAUUUACGGGGUGCGGCUAUUUUGAGUGACAAUACUUUGGUAAAAGAGUGGAGGGGUCAUAGGGGAGAUGGAGAGGGUGGAGGUGUGCUUGGGUUUGUGGAGGGGACGACGGGUGAAAGGAUCGUGACGGCGGGAGAUGAUGGUGUUGUGUUGGUGUUUGAAACUUAGUUUUGAGUCUCAAGAGGACUACGCGGUUAAUAAUGUGAUUGAUAAUACCAAAAUAUUCAUGCUAGACUAGGUACAUGGACGCUUUUCUCUGAC